AUUAAGAAAAAAAAAAAACUGUACAUGUACGAGCUGAUAGAGCUGCGUUGCAACCUGUGGUAAUCUCCAAUCACAACAACCCGUGGGGCGCUAUUCAUGCAAAGUUACCUAAUCCAUUACCUAGGUACGGUGAUUCGAAUAUCCGGUCUAGGUAAGGCUGGAUCUGCAAACAAAAAAAAGCAUAUCUGAUUUGUGAUUGGCUAACUCCCCAAUAGUUCUAUCAAGAAGGCUGCGCUUGAGGAAUGCCCAGACGUCAAAACACCGAAAACACCGAUAUCAACCAUCGAGCAGCACUCAGCUUUAGCAUCCUAAUUUUCGAAUCGCAAUUGAAUUUAAACCUUAAGUCUUACAAUCCGCUACUCCGUAUCCUCAUCUACGAUGACGAUCGACGAAAUCGUGACCGAUGCGAACCUAUCGACGGUGCUCGAUGCUUCCCGCGAUACCAGACUACAAGCAUUGAAGCUCGUUGAUCAGAUCGCGGCAGCUGGACCUAUCGAAACAGCAUCUCCAGAGGCCCAACUGGAAAUUUCCAAGCAACAAAAGCUCCUGAUCACCAAUCUUGCACAACUGCGUGGCCUUCACCGAGCAGCAUACUUCGGUGCCCGACAGACUAAAUCGCAGACAUCCGAAGCUCGUCAGGAAGUCGACCGUCUACAUCUACAACUUCAAAACCUAUACUACGAGCAGAGACAUCUCCAAGGAGAGAUCUCCGCUUGCGAGUCGUACGAGUCAGUACCCACCAAAGCUCCGUUCAGCUAUGUUCCUACACCGAUUCAAGACCCCAAUCCCAGCUUCAACUCCAUCUCUACAUCAAGCAACAGUAUUUUCUGCAGCCAUUAUACUGUUUCAGCACCCGAACUUGCGCAAGAACUAAUUGAAUUCAGUCACACUUACCAAAAACUUCCCCUUAUACCCCUCAAAGAGUUCCUCGCUCUGAAGCCUGAGCAUGCCGACGACGACGAAAACGCAUUGAUGAUUGCAAGAAUCGAACAUGAACGUAGCGAGCGCGAGAGUCUGGAACAGAAACGUAUGGAGCUACUAAAGCGGAAACAGAAACUUAUUGCAGACAACAAAAAGAGAAAGGAUGACCUCGCGAACCUCGAUAAGGAACUCGAAAAGUUCAUCGACGCUGCCAAACCGAUCCAGAAACUAUUUGAUAAGAACGUCUAACCUACACCUCUAGAUUUAGCGGUGUAGCUCUCGUGUUUCUAGCGUCAUAGAGCUAUUGCAAAUUCACCGUCACGGCCUGUCCGAUGACUAUCUCGUAUUAGUAAGACCGGAGGAGCAUAAGCUGUUAGGGAGCUAUGCUUGGGAUAUCUCAUAUACAUUAGGUAGAAACGGGACAUUUGCCCU